CUGAAGCAGAAAACACGAGAGAGGCCAGCUACAGCUGAGGACCAGAUUCGGCGGGCAUCGGUCCAGCGGCAAACUGGUAUCUUUCGUUGUUGUUUUGUCUUCGGACAACUCAAGAUGGCAGCGAGCACAGAGGCCCCGGAGCCCUGGUACCUGGCCCUGCUGGGCUUUGCAGAACAUUUUCGCACGUCGAGUCCGCCGAAGAUCCGCCUGUGCGUCCACUGUCUGCAGGCGGUGUUUCAGUUCAAGCCGCCUCCGAGGGUCGAGGCCCGGACUCACCUGCAGCUGGGCUCGGUACUGUACCGCCACACAAAGAACAGCGAGCUGGCCCAGACUCACCUGGAGAAAGCGUGGUUCAUUUCACAGCAAAUCUCUCAAUUUGAAGAUGUCAAGUUUGAAGCAGCAAGUAUUCUAUCAGAGUUCUACUGUCAACAGAACUUGGUGGACUCGGCCAAACCAGUGUUGCGGAAGGCCAUUCAGAUCUCUCAGCAAACUCCCUACUGGCACUGCAGACUGCUUUUUCAGCUGGCACAAUUACACGCACUAGAGAAGGACUUGGUAUCUGCCUGUGACCUCCUCGGGGUGGGAGCAGAGUAUGCAAGAGUCAUGGGAUCAGAGUACACACGAGCUCUGUUCUUAUUAAGCAAAGGAAUGCUGCUGCUGAUGGAGCGGAAGCUGAGCGAGGUGCAUCCUCUGCUGACGCUGUGUGGGACCAUUGUGGAGAACUGGCAGGGAAAUCCCAUUCAGAAGGAGUCCCUCCGAGUUUUCUUUCUCGUGCUGCAGGUUACACACUACCUGGAUGCUGGACAGGUGAAGAGUGUGAAGCCAUGUCUGAAGCAGCUUCAGCAGUGCAUCCAGACCAUCUCCACUCUCCAUGAUGAUGAGAUCCUUCCCACUAAUCCAGCAGCUCUCUUCCACUGGCUGCCCAAAGAGCACAUGUGUGUGCUUGUGUACCUGGUGACAGUGAUGCACUCCAUGCAGGCGGGCUACUUGGAGAAGGCACAGAAGUACACAGACAAAGCUCUCAUGCAGCUGGAGAAGCUGAAGAUGCUGGACAGCAGUCCCAUCCUGUCCACGUUCCAAGUCAUCCUGCUGGAGCAUAUCAUCAUGUGCCGGCUUGUCACCGGACACAAGGCCACAGCUUUACAAGAGAUUUCUCAGGUUUGUCAGCUUUGCCAGCAGUCUCCCAGGCUAUUUACAAAUCAUGCUGCCCAGCUUCAUACACUGCUGGGCCUCUACUGUAUCUCAGUGAACUGCAUGGAUAACGCUGAGGCUCAGUUCACUGCUGCUCUACAGAUGACAACACACCAGGAGCUGUGGACUUUCAUUGUGACCAACCUGGCCAGCGUCUACAUCCGGGAAGGCAACAGACAUCAAGAGCUGUACAGCCUUCUAGAGAGGAUUAACCCUGAUCACAAUUUUCCUGUCAGCUCUCAUUGUCUACGAGCUGCAGCGUUUUACAUCAGAGGGCUCCUGUCUUUCUUCCAAGGACGUUACAAUGAGGCCAAAAGAUUUCUAAGGGAGACCCUGAAGAUGUCUAAUGCUGAGGAUCUAAACAGGUUGACUGCUUGCUCACUAGUCCUUCUGGGACACAUCUUUUUUGUCCUGGGCAACCACAGGGAAAGUAACAAUAUGGUGGUUCCUGCAAUGCAGCUUGCCAGCAAAAUCCCAGACAUGUCUGUGCAGCUGUGGUCCUCUGCACUUCUCAAAGAUCUGAACAAGGCUUGUGGAAACACCAUGGAUGCCCACGAGGCAGCUCAGAUGCACCAGAACUUUUCCCAGCAGCUCCUGCAGGACCACAUUGCAGCCUGCAGCCUCCCUGAGCACAACCUCAUCAGUUGGACAGACGGCCUCCCACCUGUGCAGUUUCAGCCUCAGAAUGGACCUACAACCAGCCUGGCCAGCCUUCUCUGAGAACCACGUCCCACCCCGACAAGGAUGAGGAAACACAGGGGAGAAAUUUCAGGGAAAAAAAUGACAGAAAAAGGUGAACAGAAAAAAAAGAAGAAAUGGCUGAUAGAAGGGUAGGAGGGAAGGAAGGCACGAAAACUAAAUUAGAAACUGAAGGCAUAGUGCACUGUGUCAUUUGGCAGGCCUCCAUUCAGUGCAUUCCUUCACUCAUUUGGAGCAGUGGGACAUUAUGACUGGAUUUUAAGUAACAAGUUUUGCAUGAGGUGUCGUGGGCAAAUUUUUAUUGCACUGGCACUCUUUGGAGUGGUUGUAGUAGUUUAUUCUGCCAGCUCUAAAACAAAUGAAAAAUGAUAGAAAAACAUGAGCAUUUUUGAGAAAUACAGUCGUUUUCCUUGAUACCGAGAGUUAGAUGUGAAGGUUGAUACCACUCUUAUGUCUUUAUAGUAAAUAUGAAGCCAUCACCAGCAAACAGGUAACUGACCACAGCAUAAAGGCUGAAGAGGGGGAAAGGGCUUUAGAGUGGGUUCCACCUUCUCAUGUAACUCUCAGAAAGAAAUGAAAUUUCUGAAAAAUGCCAAUUAGCACAUCUCUUUACUCUUUCUUGCAAAACCAUUAAGGAGGUAUUUUUAUAUUGGAUGAAAUAAAAUAAAAAUUCUGCGAGAACACAUAGAUUUUAAGAUAAUUUAGAGACAGACUCAGUCUAUUAUUGUGCAUGAGCUCACUGUUUUUUCAAAGCACUGUUUGGCCAGUUCCGAUACACAGUAUUAGUUAGGAUACAUUUGGAAAUGCAGUAUACUAUAUAUCUGUAAUGAUCUUAAUAUAGUUUAGUGGUAAGUUUGAUAUGUUUGGUGAUUGAGCUGCACAUGUGUUUUAUUCACUGAAGUGGAACAGUUGUGAGCAUUCAUGCUGACCUGAGAUCGAUGACAAUUUAAAAUUACAUUGGACUUACUAGACAGCUGACCAUUUUAUACAAAUGCAACCUUUGGCUUGACAUCCAACAGUGUGUAAUAGUGUUCUAAAGGUAAGAAAAGUGAACUUGUUUGAGACUUUGAUGCCUCAUAAAGAGUAUUUGGGUACUUUGCUGACAUUACAAUUCAGUGGACUUGCUGCCUGACUGUAAUUCCCUUUAGAUUUUUACCAUUUCAUUCUCACUGUGGUGUGUGUUUAUAUUCUGUGCACAUUUUGCCUGGAGUCAAGAAACUAGUAAUAAUAGUAAUAUUUCUACUAAAUAAGAUUGACUGUUACCUGUUUGCACAUACGUUGUUUCAUGAUGAAACCUACAAUUUUAUCUUUUCCAUGGAAGUAUUUUUGGAAUAAUUGUUUUAUUUUUCUCACUACAGUUGUUCUCUUUUCCUGUUUUACUCAUUUCUUCCAGAUGAUGGCAGUAUAAAUCUGUAUUUAAAUAACUUAUUUAUUUAAUAUUGCUUUUCAUUAUAGCAGAUGCAUUUGCCUUUUUGCCUUUGUUGUUUAUAACUGGUAGGACUGUCAAUUUAGUGACACUACUGUGGGAAGGGUACAUUUUAGUUUUACCUAGUUAAGACAUUUACAUUCGUUAUGCAGAUUUCUGUACUCAUAGUUUUUACUAUCUAAAAAUUAACUACUUAGUUUGGCUAUUUGCAAAGUAUUUGCUAUAAUAACAACUACAGUACGGUUGUCAUUUAUUAAUAUUAUUUUGCAGUAUUUUAUAAAACUGAAUGUUUGAUUUGUUGUUCGCCCCCACUGUCAUUUCAACUAUGCUUAACAUUUAACACAUUUAUGACUUUUAUAUAAAUAA